AUGGAAAACGUCCUGAUCAAUGAGAAAGAACAAGAAGAAGAAGCCAGAGAUCGAUUGUCAAGUUUACCUAGAGAACUAAUACCUAAUAUUCUCAAAUUCUUAUCCAUCCCGGAUGUGUUUCCGAUGCACUACCUCUCCAAACAGUGGACAACUAUGUACUGGUGGCUUCACAUUCCCACUAUCAAGUUUGUCUAUAAAGACAGAGAAUUUACCCUCGAUGAGUACAAGCUAGUCAGAAACUGUUUGAAUUGUCGCUGCCACCAACAUGCUAAAAUUACCAGCUUUAAGCUUCACCUGCUUCAUGCUUAUACACGCGAUAUUGGUCUUGAAGACAUAUAUUAUUGGCUAUCUUGUUUCUCUAAAACAAAUACUUUGAAGGAGCUAGAUCUUCGUAUCAAAUAUAGUACCACACGUGACAUAUUCCCUAUCAUACCCGAAUCGGUAUUGCUUAAUGUAAGAUCGUCUUUGAUUCUUCUUAAGUUACAAGAUAUAAGUUUGAAGUUAUCAAAUACUAGUGAUAUAAUUAGCCCUCCCUCACUAAUAACUCCUUCUUUGAUCAAUCCCCGCUUCGAAAAUGCUACCAUCUUUCAAAAUCUAAUUUCUGGAUGCCCUUCUAUUAAGAGUUUGCAAUUAGGUGGACGCCAAUUUUUCUUGAAGGAGAAGGAGUCCGAUCCUCAUUCUAAUGCUUGGAAAUUGAAAUGGGUGGAUUUCUGUGCUCUAGAGCCUACUAGUUGUGUUUGUGUAUCACUCAUAAGUCUUAUAUUAGGAGAUGUUCGUAUUAGCGACGAGGGGUUAGAAAACCUUAUUCUUGGACUUCCUCUUUUGAGAGAUUAA